AGGUGAUAAAAAAUUUGCAGUUUCAAUAUUAGUUGAAUAUAUACGAUCACUGACAGAUAACAAAAUAACAGUUGAACACUUUCUCUAUGAACUGCUCAUAAAUUGUCUGGUUAUAAAUAAAAUGUAUUUUCAAUUACAUCAAAUGAUACAAUACCAUAUUGUUAUAGAUUCUAAGCCAUUGGUAAUUUUAAAUACAUAUUUUUUCUAUUAAAUUAGUGUAAAUUAUUAUGAAUAUCAGAAUUGUUUAGUUCAGUUGCACUUGACUAUUUGUUCAAUUUCCAUACAAAUGUUUAAUUUUUAAAUUACUAUUUUAGGCUUGUUUAUUAUUAUCAUUGGAAUCGCUCUAUCCUCCAGCACAUCAAUUAGCUCUGGAUAUGUUACAUAGAUUAAAUUCAGCACACGAAGAAAUAGUUGAAGUUCUGCUUUCCAAGAAACAACUCAUCCCUGCUAUGAGGUAAGUUCUACAGACCUUUAACACAUAAAGUACCACUAUAUCUUUACCUGCCCCCCUCCCCAAAGAUACUUUGUAUACUAUAUAUUAAAAAAAACCUUAUCUCUAUGAAGUAAAGCAAAGGUUCCGAACCUUUGUUAUUCUAUGCCCCUUGCAUCUAAACAGCAACAUUUCAAUGCAUUAUUUGGUUUAUAUUUAGACUGCAUUGUUUGAUAAUGGAUUAAUGAUUAUCCAUAAUCGAGGGCCAACAGAUAGCUGUACAAUCAUGCAAAUUAAACAUAGUACCUAUCAGUAUUAGAUAACCUACAAAGAUAUCAAUCAUUAUAAAAUACUUGUAAAGUUGAUAUCGAUAUGGGGAAAAUUUAUUUAUUUUUUCAAUUUUACUGAUAGUAAAAUGGCAUAACAAUUUUAACUACAAAAAUCUCAUUAUUUCAUCAUUAUAUUCCCCUUGAGCAGUAACUAAAUCCCCCCCCCUCCCAGUUGAGAACUGCUGAAGUAAAGUAUUCUAAAUUCAGUAAAUUUGUCUCUUCAAACUUAAUAGUGACAGACAACAGGAUGCAAUGGUUUACUAAUAGAUACAUUAUUAUAAUAAUUAAUUUGCAGAUAUAUGUCAAAACGCAAUAUGUUAGAUCAUUCAACAUACAGAAAAUUAACUGAAAUUGCAAUAUCAAUAGAUAAUCCAAAAAUUUUGUACUCCACUAGAGAAGAGUUUGUGCAAAGAAAAGUAACAUCAAACAAAUUUGAUACAAACACUUGAUGUUUUUGUACCUAAUGUUUGUUAAGUAUUUUUUUUUUAUUGAUACUUUUCUAUUACAAUUAAUAUACUCCUUUAUGUUAUUAAAUAAGUAAAAAAAUAUUGACCGAGAUAGGUGUAUUUUUUGGUAUAAGCCCCAAAAACCAAAUUAUUUAGUAGAUUUAACUUGUUCUUGAUUUAUUUACCUUAAUUUUAGAAUCUGAAACUUGUGAUUCAGUAUCAGCAAUAAAAUACAUUUUCACUGUUAGAAACUGCAGGCAAAACACUAUCUGUGAGAUGAUAAACUUGUCCUUAAAUUUUAAAGUUGGCAUAAAUUACUUUUCAAUAAUCUAUCUGAUUAUAAUUUUCCCAUAAAAGACAUCAUUUGAAAUGUUUAUGAAUGGAUAUUUGUUAAAAACUUUUUUGACAAUUUAUGCAGACCUGAUCACAAAGGUAACAGAGGCUCUAGAUAUGGCAAAACUUCUUAGCAAACAAUUACUUGUGAACAACACAUGCUCUUUCACUCUUCCUUCCAUUUUAAAGCUGAACAAAAUUAACAUUCAUUUGACAUCAAACCUAAACAUACCAAAUUAUCAAUCAUAUAACCAAUAUUUGGGAUCAUCCUAAUAUUAGAGUUCUCCCUUAGAUAUUUGAAGGACUUAAUAAGUGACUCAGUGACUCUUGUGAUGAGGGGCAUUAUUUCAAUUUUUUUUUUUGCGUGUACAAUAAAAAUAGUGUAAUACAUUAAUAUUCAAUAUUUGUGAAAUAAAUAAAAUGUAUAAGAAUUAAAUAUUUCUAGAAAAUAAUUUUGUGGUAUAGGUAGUUGCCAGUCAAUAUUAAACAUAAUACAUCUUAAUAUUUAUGUGUAUGAUGACAGUAUAUUAUACACACUAUGCAGUGUCAACAUCAUUUCACACCAUAUACCAAUAUAAAGGUGUCAUAUUAUAUUUGGCAGUUUAUCCUCCACACCAUACAAUUCUACCCUUAUUUAUUUUUUUUAUUCUACUACAGCGGUGUUGGCAUCAAUAUUAAUUUUUUGAAAUAUUUCACAUUAUUAAUGAUUACUUAUUGACACAAUUAAUAGAAAGUUAGAUAACUUAACACUGAUUCAAAUUGUCCUUGAUGAGGAAAGAGGGGUAGUUUUAUUAGUAUUAAUUACUAUUCAAAAUGUCGUCCUUGCAUUCAUGGCCUAAUUUAUUUAUUUGUUUUUAGCUCUUAACUAUUGCAUCACUGCUUAAAUAUUAAAUUCAUAGAACACUUAAUUGUAACUACAUACAUACUAACAUACAAAAUGAUAAGUUUUUAGUAAUAUAUUUUAUAUAAUUAAUAAUAGGAAUAAAUUAUAGAAUUUAUUUUAAACUGUAAUGAUUAAUUUAUUAUAAUGUAUAGAUUUAUACUUUUUCAUUGAAAAAUAAAAAAUAAAUAAUGAAAAUAUAAAUUUUAGAUUUUGAGUAUAGCAAAGAAUGUAUUGGUUUUACAAAGAUAUUAAUUUUUUUAUAAGUAUCGGUAUAGCUACUUUUCUGAAAGGAAAUUUUCCUGGAAUGGUAAAAGUACCAUCCCUAAAGAAGGAGGUCACUUUUUGAUUUUCCUAGUUUUCCAAAUAAACAGAAAAAACUGAAAAUUUACAAAAAUAAUGUUUUCAUUAUUUUCAAUUUUAGUUUUUAUAUUGUAGUUCAAUGAAAAAUAUUUGUAGAGACUUGACAUAUUAUCUUAUAUUUGAAUUUUUACGUUCACCCCUUAAAUAAUGGUUUGAUUAAUGCUAAUUUAAAGUUAUCUGGGAAAAUACUAUUUUUAUUACUUAGAUUAAAUAGAUGAAUAAGAGGAUUAACAAUUUGAUCAGAAAUACUUUUUAAUAUUUUUAUUGUUAUCAUAUAGUAUCCCGUAGCGAUGUCCUCUCUACAGUUGUUUAUAAUUGAUUUUACCUCUGAUAAAUCAAUUUUUUUUAAAAAAAAAAUGUAUUGAAUGAUUGCGCAUCAAGGUUGUUAAUCACAUUUAAAUUACAGUUUGUGUCAGUAAGCACAGUAGCUUAAGUUCAUAUCAAAAUUUAAACCAUUAAAGGCUUCUUUUAAUAAAGUAGUAAGACUAUUAUAUAGACUAUUUAAUAGUCGAACAAUAACUGUACUAUGUGAAUAAAAUUGUUAAACCAAACAUAAAUGCUUGACAAUUUAACAGGAGAUUUAUUAGUGUUCAACGAGAAAUGUUAAGUUUAAUGUAGUAUUUUUCUUUAUACAAAUUGUAAUAUCAAACUUUCACAAAAAUUGUAAAUUUAUAAAUAAAUGAAUAACCUGGAUUAUUAUGAAAUGU